AACCAAAACAUUUUUUCUACUAAAGGUAUUGAAUUCUUCACAUUAGCCCUCAGCGCUGCCUAAACGGAGGAAGUGAGGCGCGCUCGGGUUUAUUUUCCUCGUCUCUAAUUAUACGCCGGGCCGUUUCUCCAAAAGAGCCAAAAUCGCGGCGAGCCCCAAUUUCGGACAGGCCGCCGCUAGACGGACGAAACACCAUCCGCCGGCCGGCAUCCUUCCUACUGUGGCGGGGCCGAAGGAGAAAAUGCCCUAGCGAGAGCUGGCGCGCGGCUCCGCGGCCGCCUACGCCCGCAUGCCUCCGCGCUAAGUUGUUGUGCCUUAGCAGUUCGGCGACUCCGCCCUGGCACGCUAACCAAUCAACACUUGUCCACUGCGUUUUUCCCUUUUUAUUUCGAGGCGAGCGUGUGUUCUCCGUUUUCAUUCAUCUCGGCCGUCCGUAUACACGCGAGCCUGCGAGUGCAGAGAUGAGAAGACGCUCUCGGAUUUCCGUCCGUGUAAGUCGCGCGCGCACCAGCAACAUGUUUUUGGCCAAAAUUAGAUAAGUUCGCGGGCGACGAGAGCAGCGCGCAGCAAGAAGAAGAAGAAGAAGAGCCAAGCGCCGGCAUUGGGUUUAUAGUUACUACUAGAGCUUAAUUUAGCCCUGGACCGUAUUUGGGAAGCGCACUCUGUCGGUUGGAUCGCCUCUUCGAAGAGCAGCUCGAGUAAAGUGGCAAGCAAGCAAGCGCACCACCGCACGUUUUUCACGCGGGGAAAUUCUCUUUCUCUUUCUCUCUCGUGUGUGUGCUUUCGGCUUUUUUCGACCCUGCAAAUGAACGCGCACUCGACCGACCUGCACACAUCUUGCACCGCGAGCCCAAAGGGUUGACCGUCUCUCUCUGCGCCACCCCCGACUUCCUUCCUCCGACACACAGUUUUUUUAUGAAUCAGCAAAGGAGCAAUGCGGAGAGUGCCUUCAAGAACUGCGGGCCCGGCGCUGCAGGGAUGAGCAUUCCCAACUCCGGCCCUACUCCCGCUUUUGUGCAGAAAAACUUCCAGAUCGGCGAUGGCAAUUUGUUCAGCGUCCUCACGCCGCCCUCGCAGCCACAAGCUGCUGAAAAGAGGAGCAGGUCUUCUGCCAACAAAACGCAAACAAAAGGGAGACGAAAGUGUAGGUGGAAGCUUAAAUUUCACCAUCAGGCCUUGCCGCCCGAAUACAGAGAACACUACGAAGCCUCAGGAGGAGUUCCACAGAGUACCUCGACGACUGUUUCGGAGAGAGUGAAGAAAGAGGAACAGCCGAAAUCAGCAAAGUCAAGCACUCCAUCGCCCAGAUCAACCAAGUCCUCUGCCAGCAGCCGUUCUUCAGUCAUCAUGCCCUCCUUUGAGCCGUGCGCCGUGGAUAGACCGGCGCCCGAUUUGCCUUACAUGGGCGAAAUCACUCUGGACUCGAAACCGCGCCGAGGACGCAAGCCCAAGAAAGCGGACAUUUGCCAUUUGAUUUACAAAAACUAUGGCACAGUGUUUCCCUCGCCGAAAAACGAGGAGGAAGUGCCGAUUGUGCCAAACGUGCCUUUGGAAAAACCGUCAAAGUUGAUUUGGGCCAAAGACCCGCAGCAGUUGAUGGCGGCGCCGCCGAAGCCCGUUCGUCUCGCCGGAUGGUCUCCUCAGGCCGCCAGCAGUUUGCUGGAAAAACGACUGACGGCCAGUGAGGCCGGACACCAGUUCUUGAUGCCCAACGACUUUCCCGCCAAACUCUGUGAUUUUCCGCUGAACAGAAAGAAAAGCACUUCUUCCUCGUCCGUCCGUACGAGUUCAGACGGUGACGAACUUCUGGACGCCAGCCUCGUCCGAAGUCCCCAGCUGGCCCAGGCUUGUGUCGAGAGACUGCUUUCGUACGCAGCUGCAGGCUUCAACCCCCAGAAAGACUGUGUCCAGAUGGAGCCGCUCAACCUGUGCACCAGGGACAAAAAACCAGCCGAGGAUGGACUUUUGCUCAUGAGCAGUUCUAGUGACUCCGAAGACGAGGAGUCCGACAAACGCGAUCUGCCCCACGGACCCCCAGAUGGCUUUGUUUUCUGGCCCAACCCGAACGUUUUUGUUCACCCCCAGCUCCUUUACAAACCCCCUUCCCCUGGGAACGUGAGCCAAGCACCACCUAGUCUUCUACAACCGCCGCAAAAACUGCACCUGGGCGGCAACAAGAAGAAGCGAAAGCGCUCGGCAAUUUUCAUCCCCCCGGCUGAGAGCCCGACCGAAGUCAGCAUUUGCAAAUUUAAAUUCACAGGGGGUGCGAAGCCUUCUCUGGAGGAGAAGAAGAUGCUGUCCGUGGACGCUGGGGGCAACUUCCGGUUCUACUCGGGCACCGAUAAAGGCAUGAGAAGUUUUUUACCCCAUUUGCAGCACUCGUCCUCCUCAACCCCCUCCACGUCCGUGCAGGCGCCUCGGACGAUGCCUUCGACCUCGGUGUCGCCCACCCAGGGGGUGAAAAACCUCAACCUGUCUGACAGGGUGGUUCACCCUCGUCGCCCCUCCCCGCAGCCGUCGCGGCAACUGCUCGCCCCUCCGAUGCCCAACUUCUUGACCUCCCCUGAAAUGCACGACGACCUGCUGACGAAACGCAAGAGGCGCUCGAGGAAGUCCGAGGUCAGAGAGAAGCUGGAAAAGACGUUCAAGGAAAAGGGCUUCUUGAUCCAGACGCAGCAGCUCGAGUCGGCCGAGGGUGCGACUUAUUGCAAAUUUCGGCAGUUGCGCAAAUUCACGCGGUACUUGUUUAGGAGCUGGCGAGACUACCUGCCCGAGAAUGUGCAGCAACUGCCCAACGGCCCCCACCAGCAGAUGCGAAUGCACGACUACGAGCAGAGCAACUCGGGACCCCAAGAGACCGUCAUACUGCCGCACUCGCCAUAAGGACUCUUAAUUUAUAUGUACAAGUUUCAUAUUACACACUGAUUUUAAUGGGGAAAUAUUGCUAACAACAAUGUGAAAGAAUUAAGAAGAAGAAGUGCCUUUUCUAAAAAGUGACAAACAGUUCCUGUUUUACAGAAUAUUUAUAUGAUGCUCAAACGAAAGUCAUAAAAUAGAAUUUGUUAUAAUAUUGGUUUUCAAAUUGAUGCUGUUUUUUUAUUAUCCAAAAAGGAUGCGUUUGAUGUUGAAAAAAAGCAAAAAAGAUUUGACGUGCGAAUUUUUUAUUUAUACGAAUUAAAAAUCAAUCACGUUGGCUGUGUUCCUUUUUACUACCUGUGUACCUAACGUCGACUUAAGCGAGAGGGUUUAAAUUGUUCAUUGACCCAAUUAAUCAAAAUAACAAAGUAACUCAUCGUCAUGUUGCAGUGAUUACAAUUCUAUAUGUUAUAAGAAAUCGUGCCAAUAAAAUUGAUUCUGUUUUUAAA